AGCGUCUUCGUCACUGCGAAUGCGGGAAAUGUAAAAAAGUAAACAAUAGACUCCACAUUUACAACUUAAAAAAGAAAUGGUAUAGCCAUAUGUUAGUGAACAGGCAUGGAGACUCCAAGUGUGGUUCGGACGCCACUUUCUGCAGUGUCUGGCAGGCUUGGUAUCUUGCGUUCUAGUAGAAUCGGAACACCAUAUCGCACACCAAAUAUUCGACGAUUUGGACCACUUGGCACUUCCUGGCGGACACCUGUCAGUCGUCAUGCAUACAGCGGUUCCCUGCAUGCAUCCACCAGAACCAGCACCCCACUGCAUCCUAGAGCCUCGUUAUCUAUGGUAACCAGCAGAACUGAAAUAGAAGAAAACAACAUUAAACAGUUGAUUGGCAAGCAGUGGCAUAUGUUUCGCCUCACUCCUCUGUUCAACUUCAAGUCCAAGAAGUCAGAUCUUUCCAUGUAUUCAAAAACAUUGUCAUCCCAUAUUGCAGCUGAGACAAAGAAAGGGUUGUUUGUUGACAUCACAGAGCCUGGUGACGCUACUGUCAACUUAUUCUCAGGCCUUGACACUGGUGUGGAUGACCCUAAGGCUGUUUUAAUCGAAGUGAAAGGCAAAGCAAGAAACAAGACAGAGGAGAAGGUGGUAUGCCAGGCGGUGCUGUUCAGCACGGACCUUGAGUUCAAACCCCUGAGGCCUGAAGAGCUUGACAACUUCACUUACUACUCAAGCAUGCUGAUACACGGGCCUGUGGCUGUAUCUGACACAGUCCAGAACUGGCUAGAGGUGCAGUUUGACUGCCGAGUUAUCAAGCAGACUUUCACAGCUCAGCAAUUGGGCUUCAUGGCAGCCAUGUUUACAGGACUUGAAGAAGAACAUAAACCUGUUGAGCUGGUGUACAAAGUCCCCACAGAGGUAGAAGGUCUGUCGGAAAUCAACUACUCUACAAAUGCAACCGACUGUCUGCGCUUGUGGAAACAGAUACGGUUGCCUUACGAGGACAGGUUUACAGAUGAGGAGGCCGAGAUGUUCAUAUCCGGACUUGAGAGCCACUUCUAUGAGAUCUUCAACAUCAAACUCAGUGCCAUGCCACUGCACCAUGUCAGUAUGGCUGUGAUUUCUGCGGGUCAUGAUGGCAAAUUCAAGCUAACCACAAAGUCUAUAGACAAUGUCCUGAAAGUUCUACGACAUCUGACAGAUCUGGCGCUAGACAAUUUGAAAAUAGCUUGAUUUUCAAUUGAACAGAAAUGGAUUCUGGCACUAGACAAUUUGGAAAUAGCUUGAUCCUUAAUUGAACAGAUUUUGAAGCCUUAUAUUUUGCCGCGUAAUGUCCUAAUAACAUAUUAUGCAAAGCUGAAUAUUUGUGCUUCAUAUUCCUGUAUCAUAAUAUGUCAUGUUAUGUAGGUGAAUGUUUUCGAGAUUGGCAAGUCUGUUUUAAAUCUGUCAUUCAUCCUACCCACAUCAGAUGAUAAAAAUGGCGUAGGAGUUUGCCUGUCAUGUCUGUUGUUAGGAAUUCUGUUUUCAAGGAUUAAAUGCUGCAGUUUCUUCAUCUUGCAAAUACCUUAUAAGUGAAAAAAAAAAGAAAUUCUGUAUGCAAACACAUGCCUGGCCACAUGACAGUCGUUAAUAUUAGACAAGGAAAGAUUAACCGUUGAAUUUUUUUAUUCUUAUUUUAACUGAAAAAGCUAUUUGCUGAGUAUUGUAUUUAUAAAUUAUCUAUGGUACAUAUUUAAAGAUUCUUACUUAAUUUUUAGAAUGAAUAAUAUUUGAGUUUGUGUAUUUUACAAUGUGUUGUCUUAUUUUAUACAUUCUGCUUUAGUUAAAAGUUAGGCUAAUUGUAAUAAAAUCGUUUUUAAAGGA